GCUGUUGCAACGCGGCUUUUUGGAACUGAGCGGAUUAUGUGUUGCAGUUUAAGGAUUUUCAUGCUUGAACUAUGACAAACUGCAAGUCAAACGAGAGUGUGAUCUGUAAAUUUUGUGAAGGCUAUUAUGACUUUGGUAGUGAACAACCAGUUUGUUCAUCUUGUCAUGCUUUCAUUUAUGAGUUUAGUUUACCUCAAAUGACUGAGAACCGAUUAUUUGAAGAAAAAGAGGCAUCCAAUGAUAGUGGGAAUGAGGAGCCAGAUAAAGGAUCAGAUUUAUUUUCAGCUGGUUGGAGUUCUUGUAAUCUAGAAGUCACUUCGCAUGAUCAUUUGCGUGUCAAAAAUCGACAGUCAUGUGGCCGAAUUUUUUUAGCUACAUGCCCUCUACAACAGCCUCACGUUAUUGCAUCCUAUUCCAACUACCCUGUUACCGACCAUGUAUCCCCCGUUUGUAAUAGAAAAAUCAAAUCGUAUGGUUCAUGUAUGUCUCCCAGUCUUGAUGAUCUUCCAACUGAGAUUUUGCUUCGUAUAUUUGUUAUGUUAGAUGAUAUAUGUCUGUGGUCGCUACGCCAGGCUUCAUCUCGAUGUCGUGCAGUAAUCGACAGCGAAAUAUCCGAGCAACAGUGGGAAUCGUAUGUAUUAUUUCGAUGGCCACUCUUCAGCCCUAACUGCAGAAUCGAAAGUUGGAGACUGCUUUAUCUCAAUAUGAUGGAAAGUGUUACUUGUCGAUUUUGUUUGGAACGUUUACGCCUACCUGUUUUAUUCCCAAUGGAAGCUCCAAAAGUGCGGUAUAAACGCAUUAAACAUGAGUUUGAAAAUUUAUGUGCUGAUCCACCUUACGGUAUAAAAAUUGUCACCCUAGACACAGAAACAUACUCCCACUUCUUGGCUGGCAUUGAAGGUCCACCUCAAUCCCCGUAUCAAGGUGGAUUUUUUCAUGUACUUAUUCUUGUUCCAGAUAGUUAUCCUUUCCGACCACCUGUUAUACGCUUUCUUACACGUAUAUUGCAUCCUAAUAUCAGCUUCCAUGGAGAUGUUGGAUUAGAUUCAAUCAGGCAUAACUGGUGUUUAGCACUAAGUUUAGAGAAACUUCUAAUUAGUAUUUUGGCUCUUUUAACUGAUCCACAUACACGUGUUUGCAUGGAGCCAGUAAUUGGUGCCUUGUAUGAUUCGGAUAAAUACCAAUUUGAAGAAUUAGCAAAAUUAUGGACAUGGAAAUUCGCUUGUCAUGAUUAUUUGUCAGCUGACUUUGUGUCUACAAUGGUACUACCGAAUUACAUUGAAAAAACUCAUCAACGUCUUAAGUGUAAACGAAUUAGAUGAACGAUGGGAUAGGAAGUCAUCCAAUUAUUUAUUCCACUGUACACUUUCACUGUUAUUAAGGAGUUUUAAAGCACCUGUCCCCGUCAUCUAAUGUCAUUCUUUUAUGUGCCUUCGUAAAUGUCUCCUACUCAGUCAUACUUUUGUUAUGCACAAUUGCUCAUUUGUCUUUUUGUACCCACAUGUUAUUGGCAAGACAGGUAUAUAUAUAAAUUAAAGAAUCAGAGAAAACCAAGAAGCUGUACACAAAUACGUAUAAUUGGGAAUGAAAUUAUUCACACUCAUAGGGCGUUCGAAAUUAAUUGGUUCAAAGAUGGAGUUAAAUAGAAGCAAACAUCAAAUGAGACACCAAUUCAAAGGGAGCACUGAAAAAUACUGUUUAACAAUUUUGAAAAAGACUUUUCAGUAUGCCACGCAAUCUCUCUUAACUGGUGUGUUAAUCUGCUGCUGGAAACUAUCUUUGGUGGGCAAGAGGAACAAAUGAUUUAAAAUAACAAAAUCUUUACAAUAUUUAAAAAUUGUGAUGUGAGUUUCCCUUAUUGUACACAAAAAUUUUUGAAGGUUAAAUAAAAGCAAACAAAUCAGUGAGCAUAGUCUAUUCAUCACAACGAAAUAACGAUAUUGCUCUCAAAUGUUCAACUACCUGACGAACUUAAAGAUGAGAGCAAUAUCGUUAUUUCGUUGUGAUGAAUAGACUAUGCUCACUGAUUUGUUUGCUUUUAUUUAACCUUCAAAAAUUUUUGUGUACAAUAAGGGAAACUCACAUCACAAUUUUUAAAUAUUGUAAAGAUUUUGUUAUUUUAAAUCAUUUGUUCCUCUUGCCCACCAAAGAUAGUUUCCAGCAGCAGAUUAACACACCAGUUAAGAGAGAUUGCGUGGCAUACUGAAAAGUCUUUUUCAAAAUUGUUAAACAGUAUUUUUCAGUGCUCCCUUUGAAUUGGUGUCUCAUUUGAUGUUUGCUUCUAUUUAACUCCAUCUUUGAACCAAUUAAUUUCGAACGCCCUAUGAGUGUGAAUAAUUUCAUUCCCAAUUAUACGUAUUUGUGUACAGCUUCUUGGUUUUCUGUCUAGUCUUCUGUAAAAGAAAAGACGCUUUUUCUCCUGGUGAUUUUUCUCUGACUCUGUAAUUUAUUAUUUGUGCUACAGUGAUAUUCUUACCUGUUUAGUAUUUUCCUUCAUUUACUUAUGACAUAAAACAGAUUUUCUUACUCUUUUCUGUUGUAAGAUGAAAUUUGUUCAUGGUAUGACAUGUAAUUGAAAUCAUCUUGUACACAUUUCCAUAUCAGCGCUAUCUGUGAAAGAUACACUUAAGUAUUUAUUCUGUGUUAUUUGUGUUUUUUUCUUUUGUUUCACUUGACUGAAUCAUUUAUUCAUCAUUAACAACAAUUGAAGUGAAUAAAAUCUAGUCAAAUAAAACUAUAAUUAUA